AUGGAGGAAGCAGAACUUGUAGCAGGAUUCCAGGCAUACACACUGAAGAGUCCAGAGAAAUACAUAAAAAUGUUUGAAAUUGAGUUUUGGGGAGUGGGCCUGGUGGUGGGGGCGAUAGCAGGGAAAGAGUUGGAGCAGUGCCAGCGGCAAGCGAACAAGGUGACGGAAAUCAUGCUUAACAACUUUGACAAGGUCCUGGAGCGUGAUGGGAAGCUGGCCGAACUGGAGCAGUGUUCAGACCAACUCCUGGAUAUGAGCUCAGCCUUCAGCAAGACAACAAAGACCCUGGCCCAGAAGAAGUGCUGGGAGAACAUCCGUUGUCGGAUCUACUUGGGGCUAGUGGUGGGUGGCAGCCUACUCAUCAUCCUGAUUGAGCGGCUGGCCGUCUUUCUCCCUCAGAGCAAUGACAGCAGUAAUGCCCCACAGACCCAGGAUGCAGGCACCACCUCAGGGCCUGGGGACUGACUCAGCUGGUCCUGAGGGAGAAGCCAAAUGGCUGCACUGGCUGGUUCCGGUCUCCAGAGAACCUUGGUGUUUGCUGACCCUUGGUGUUUGCUGACCCCUGACCCACCCCAGUGAGUGCCAAAGGGCAGCCCCAACAUGUGCACCCCUGCAUUUCCUGUCACGCCAUAGAUUGGCCCUCGAGGGCUCCCUGCCAUACUGGCCAUGCCGGGCCAGCCCCACCUGAAGCUCAGUAAAAGCUGAUUAAAAAAAAAAAAAAAAAUUAUGUAUAGAUCAAAAUAACUACAAGAGUGGAAAUUGAAUAUUCCUAACAAAAAGAAAUGAUACAUGCUUAAUGAGUUUCACAACUACCUUUAUUUGAUCAUUACAUGUUUUAUACUUGUAUCAAAAUGGUACGUGUACUCCAUAAAUAUGUAUAACUAUUAUGUUGCCAUAACUAAAAAUUUAAAAUUUAUAUAAAAACAGUAUUCCAUAGGACUACCAAACUAGGGAAAUUACUGCCCCCAUUUUCUCAUUAGAUUUUUCUUCACUACAGUAGUAUAACAUGGCCGAGAAUUUGGGCUUGCUCAGCUCUCCACCCUGACCGGCCGAAUGACCUUGGAUAUGUCAUUUAACCUAUAAGCCACUGUUUUCUCAUCUGUCAAAUGAAGAUAAUAGCUGCAUUAUAGGGUUAUGAGGAUUAGAUGGUAAUUUCUGUAAAGUAUCACACAG